CCGGAAGCGCCUUCGACGCCCGUCGGAGAUGCGUGCGCGAUUUGGGCGGCGCUCGGGGCAGUUUAAGGAAGGCCUGGAAAUGGAGAACUCUGAAGGAAGCCAAGUUUUUUAUCCACCACUUCUACCUAGCAAAGUAGAUCUCCGUCAAGUCACCAUAAUUCCACACAAUGAGUGGAAAAGGAUCCAAGAGAGCCUUGAUAGUUUGACUAGAGAAGCAGCAUGCCUUCGUGCAGAAAGAAAGGCAAAGAAAGAAAUGCACUUCCGAUCCCAGGACAUCGUAAAGCACUGGACUAACACCUAUGCAGGCAUGAAAGAACAGAAACUGAGAGGCAAAAAGCAGCGUGACGAAGAGCUGGAGGCAGAAAGACGAAUGCUCGAUAUGGAAGAAGCAGCAGAUAAGCAAGGGGAGAGGAAAAAGGCCAUUGAAAGAGCAAAGCAAUACCAGUUCUACCAGACAGAGAGAGUGAAAACCUUUCACUCAGGACUUCUUCUUAGUAGAGUUAUGAAAGAACGGGAUGCCCAGAUUGAAUUCCAGAAGAAUAAAAUAAAAUCAGAUAAGACAUGGGAAGAACAAUUGAAACACAACAUUGAACAAGCGUUUAAAGAAGAACAAGAGAAAGCAGACAAACGCUACAGAGAUAGAGUGGCUCUUGCCAAUGAUCAUCUAAAACAAAUAAAGGAGCAUGAAGAAGAAAAAGAAAGAAAGAAAAAAGAGGAAAACAAAGAUGCUGAGGAAAUAAAGCGACAGAAUGCAUUAUACGACAUAGAAAUGAAAAAAAAACUAGAAAGGAAACAAGAAGAGAUACGUGAAAACCGAAGACUGUUUUUUGAAUACAUGAAUGAUAAAAAUAUUAUCAAAGCCAUAGAACAGCAGCAGCAAGCAGAGGAAGAUGAAAAGAUUAGAAAUUUGAUCAAAGCAAAAAAGCGUCUUACACAAAUGAAGAACGAAAAAGAAGCUGAAACAAAAAGGCUAAUGGAAGAACGGAGAGAAAGGAUUAAUAACUUCCUAAGUAAACUAAUAAAAGAGAAACUUGACAAUGAAGAUUUGAUUAUCGCCAGAGAUAUUGCUGAAGCAGAGGCUGAAAAGGAAAAAAGAGACCGCGAAAGAUAUGAAAACAACAAAGCAGAAUUAAAAGAGAUUGCAGACUAUAGAGCCAACGUGAUGAAAAGUAAAGAGGAAGAAGAAAGACAAAGAAAAAUAAAUGCCAAAGAACAUCUGAUGGAUAUACUGAAAGCAGAUAAAAUUUUUGUGGAGCACGAAAGAGAGCAAAAAUGCAAAGUUGACGAAGAACGCAGAGAAGUUCAAGAUGCUCAUAUUCAGCAAAUGGCCAAAAACAAGCUUAAUACAAAGCUAUUAAAAGAAGAAGAAGUAGAUUAUUGCAGACUUACUGCAGCAAUUGCUGUUGAAAAGGAGAAAGAAUUCCAGGAUUAUGCAAAAGAAGUGAUUAAAUCGGAGUCCCAGUCAACUGAAAAAUACAUUUAUCCUCUUGUAAAAGCUGUACAGGAAGGACCUGGAUGUGGCCAUGGACCAGUGCUUGUGGACAGAGGUGGAUUAAGACCCAGCUAUCAGGCAACAGAUGUCACUGGAGUCCAGCUCCCUUUUUAUAAUUCUCAGGGAUCAAAAUAUAAUAAUUAUCAAAAGUCUAAAGGAAGGCUAGGUUUUACAUGGUAGAAAAAUUUAUUUUUAUUUUUAAGAUUGAAAAGACUAAGUUGUAGCAAAUAGUAUGUGCUACAAAGGUAAAUUAAUUAUAUACCUAUAAUUUUUCAAUAAAGCUGCUCUUCAUCUUAGUACAUUUGUGAAUGAUUUAGUUCAUUUUUCAUAUUUCUAUUGACUAUGUAAAUCCCCAAAGUUAACUUAUUCACACUGUUAAAAUGCACAUGAGUUGGCCUUUUACCUACUUAACAUACAGUUCAGUGGCAUUGAGUACAUUCAGAACAUGUGAGACUGUCAGCUUUAUCUAGUUCCAGAAAUUUCUUUAUCUCAGAAGGAACCCCCAUAUUCAAGAAGAAUCUCUCCCUUUCCUGCCAGCUCCUGGCAACCACUAAUCUGCACUUUGUUUGACUUUUCCUUUUUUGGAUUGUGCUGAAGUGAAACUGCUUGGUAUGGCUCUUCCACCCAUGCUCAGUGGCUGCCCAGGGACGGAGUGGGAGCAUGAAAUCAGGUGUAGAGGACUGUAACUCAGGGACUGGUCAGUUUUGCCAUUCCUCGGGGUAUGCUAACCAUCCCAAGAGGAUGAAGGGAGGAAAUUCCAGGAUCAAGAAAGGCCCCCAGAGGAGCAUGCGAGAGAGCGCCCUCCUGACCUGGCCCAGGCACCAGAGGAUACAGCACACCAAGAUCCUCACACACACAGCAGCGGAGCCCAACGGAGACCUAGUGGUAGAGCAGAGGAGCAGCACCGAGACCAGGAACCGUGGGCCCACAGAACCAAGCAGAGGUCAUAAGACCAUGGGGCCGAGAGGCUAAGGUUCAGAGAGAUUUGACUACUGGCUGAGAAGCUCACCCUGACUUGUGGUAAACUUGCUAAUUUCCCUAAUAAACCCCAUUAAUCACUAAGUAUUGCCUGUGAAUGCUGUGUGGUCAUUGCAACAGAUUAUCAAAACCAGCAGAAUCGAGUGCCAUGAGAGGAACGGUUGCUAUCAGCGUAGGGUAAAGGAAGAACGAUGGGUGGAGGCAUAGCUGACCUGACUUGGGGCAAUUGGCCUUGGGUUGGUGUGGUGUUGCGUUCUUCUCCCUCUUUGAGCUGGAGGUCAGGGUGGAACUCAUGUCACUUUUUCAUAGGCAUCUCAUACAAACAUAUAAUAUGUGGCAUUUGUGCUUGGCUUUAUCAGUUGGCAUGAUAUUUUCAAGGGUUAUGUGUAUUAUAGCAUGUAUCAACACAUUGGUUUUUUGGUGGAUGAAUAGCUUCUUGUGUGGGCAAGCCACAUUUUGCUUUUCUGUUUAUCUGUUGAUAGACAUUUUUUGGGAUGUUUUAAUCUUUUGGAUAUUGUGAAUGAACUAUGGAAAAUUUUGUACCAGUUUUUGUUUGAACACAUUUUCAGGUCUAUUAGAAUUGUUGGGUCUUCAAAAUGUUCAUAGAAAGAUGGAAUGAAAAGAUAGCAGAAUUUUCCCACAAUGUGAAGCCCCUUGUAAGCUUAUUGUGUUGAAUUGUUUGAGAAAACACCAAACUUGUCUGCCACCGUGGCUGAACCAUUUGAUAGCCCCACCAGCAAUACAUUAGGGCUUCAAGAUACUUCUUUGCCAACACUUUUUCCUAUGCUUAUCUACGUGCUGUGAGGUGGUAUAUUAAUUGUGGUUUUGAUCUGCAUUUCUGUGAUAACUCCAAAUUUCUAACAUCUUGUACCUAUUGAUCAUAUGCAUUUAUGUAGAGAAAUGUCUGUUCUUUUGCCCAUUUUUAAAUAAAGAUUUGUUAUUGAACUGAA